ACCAGAAGAAGUCAUUCUCGAGAAAAUUUCCGAAUUUCCUUCGUUUGCUUGGUCGGGUUCAUCACUCCCCCUCCCCAACGGGCUAACGAUAGCCAAUCACAGGAGGAGAGAGGGGAGGAGCCACUGCGGAAACGACAAAUAAUUGGUGAAUAUUCCACAGACUGGAUGACCGAAAAAGAAGAAUUAUGCUCAUUUUCCCCUUCGUCUGAAUCGUCUCCUGGCUCCUCACAACCUGCCUCUCCCCCAGAACAUGACGUUCAGGUGCCCUCUGAUUUGCACAUCAUGACGUCACUCUUGCAAGAGGAACUUUCUCAGUUUGAGGAUUAUUUCCUCUCAGACUUCAGCCCGGCCAAAGUGGAGAAAUGGCAAAAGAGCCACAAAGGUGUACAAGGAAUGGAUUCAACCUUGUGCUACGAAUUUCCAUAUGCUUCGCACAGCCCAAGCCAAUCAGAAACGAACCCGCUGCUAGUUAGCCUGGGGGAACUCGAUCAAGUGGGUUUCUGUGGAGGUCCAAUGGGAAGACCCAAAAUGUUGCGACCCACGGCAUUCAACAAUGGUCCUCCACACUACAGCGGCCGAAGGGUUGCGCCCAAUGCAUUCAGGGAAGGCAUGGACUCACAGAAGCAGACAUGGACUUUACAGAAAGAAACGUGGACUUCCAAAGAGAGCUACUCAGGGUUCGAUAGCAUGGUGCUUGACCACAGCUCUGUGGACAGAACUUUCGGGAAGAACGCAGGAGGUGUUAAGAAGGUCAAAGAAUGUGCCAUAUUGUUGAAGGAAGAAGAAAACUAUUGUUUCCGGGGCGAUGUUUUUUGUAGUGUCGAGAUGGCCCCGGGUUAUUGUGUGAGUGGACCCUUGAAUGGCCACUCAAAGAAGGAAAGCCAUCUGAUGCAUGGGAUGAAGAACGUUGGUUGGCAGGAUAGGAUGGAUAUUCCGUUUUUGCAGUGCAACGGUAAUGGGAGGAACCUGGAGUUCUCCGAGCCAGAGGCCGCUGAGGAGUACUUCUACCAGCACGGCGUCGGCGCAGCAGAACCCUGCCCGGGCUUCAUGGACCCCCUGGACGCCUCAGUGAAAGGGGUGGUCUCGGAGCCCCAGCUGCAGAACCACCGGCCCUACCACGAAUGCCUUGGAGAAGGUUUCGAAUGUGUCUUAGGAGGGGACAGCGUGGUGUCGGCCAUGCACAGGCCAGUGCAGAGACCAAAGGACAAGCUCUGUGCACUGAAAGGAGAACUGAGAGCUGUCCCCAUGGAGGGCCAACCUGGAGAGCGGAAGCAGAAGAAACGAGACCAGAACAAAACUGCUGCUCACAGGUAUCGUCAGCGUAAGAGGGCGGAGCUGGACUCUCUGGAGGCGGAGCUUCAGGGACUAGAGGGACAGAACCGGGCACUCCGCGACAAGGCGGAGUCGGUAGAGCGAGAGAUUCAGUAUGUCAAAGAUCUUCUCAUCGAGGUCUACAAGGCGCGCAGCCAGCGCAUUAAAGAUGAUAUCAGUGCCUAAAGCCUCCAUGAGCCAGCAAUGUAUUCAGUGGGACUGUGGAAACGAAGUGAGACUUGCAUGAUUUUUUUUUUUAAUUGAUGUAGUCACAUUGCUUAAAAAAACAAAACAAAACAAAACAAAAAAAAUAAAUGUAGCCGUGUAUUAUUCAUGAUCUUCUCAACACAUCAAUUUAUCUUGAUGAUCUGAUAUUAUGUGCACUGUGACUUGUUUUAAUUUUUUUGAAUUUUCACAUGCAUUCACUCUUCAGUUUAUCUUGUUGGAAACAGGAAGUAAAGGAUAUCAGUGGGAAUGAGUGAGGCUAAUUUUACGAGGUCAUGCCUCAGAGAAGCUCAUUGGACAAUGCAGGGGUGCUUUAGAAAAGAGUUGAUGUCAUCAUGGAAAACUGUGCCAAAAUAUUACAAACAAUUAUUUUUACUACUACAGAUAUUUUGACAUGUGUUGCCUAUUUGCAAAUGCAAGGAUUAAAUCCUCAGAGUAAUGUCACUUACUCAGGUAUUGAAUGCAUGGAUAAAACUAGAUGAGCAUGGUAGGACAGGACUUGUAUGUCUGCUUUGAUUUCACAGCAUGUACCAUGGUUACAGCGGAGUAUUUCAUGUUCUGCUAGUUGACACACUUUUUUGUACUCUGGUAUUUUUGUUAUUUACUUUAAUUAAUACACACCAUUAUAUGCCCACUAUUUUAUUUGCAUUGUCAGUAGUGUGGGUGUCGUAGUUAAUGUAUGAUAUUGCUUUUCCUCUUGUUUCAGAUCAGCUGUUAAAAUAUACUGGACAAUCAUUUUUGAUCUUAAUGCACUGUUUCAAAAUUGAAUCGAAAUAAUCUAUAGAAUCUGUUCACAAUGGAAAAGCCGAAUAAAGAGGUUGAUUUUUAUGGUA